AUGAUUUCCGUCCUGCAUAAGGGCCACGUGGCGACCCUGGCUCCCGGGUGGAUAUCACUCCUCUUCACGCUGUGCAACUGGUCCUCUGCUGCAUGUGCUGCUGCUGCUGCUGCCACUGGGACUCGGCGUGCAGCUUACGAUAAUGUGUCAAGCAUUCUGACUACCCAACAAUGGUCGACUGGCACAAACUUCUCAUUCCCAGGCUCUCCGGAGUUUUUCCCCGUAACGGAGCGAUGGACAACCAUUCAUGCCCCGUCAUAUAGUGGUGUCAUUAGCCCGGACAACGAGGAUGACCUUGUCAAGAUCUUGAAGCUUGCAUCAUCAAACAAUGUCCCAUUUCUGGCCACUGGAGGGCGUCACGGAUACACCACUACCUACGGCCGCCUCCAAAACGGUCUGGCUAUCGACCUGAGCCAUUUCAACUCCUGGGAGUUGAACGAAACUGCUAGAACUGUCACGGUGGGACCUGGCGUCACUGUUGGCGAAGUCCUUGACCCAUUAUACGACGCCGGCCUUGCGAUUCAAACCGGCAGUUCACCUUGCCCCAGCCUGAUUGGAGUCUCGCUCGGCGGUGGCAUUGGACGAUAUCAGGGUGUCUACGGCUUGAUUGCAGAUGCACUGGUUUCAGCGCGCUUGAUCACAGCUAGCGGUGAUAUUCUCAACGUGUCAAAGGAUUCCCACCCGGAUUUGUUCUGGGCCAUCCGCGGAGCAGGCUCGAAUUUCGGCAUCAUUACGUCGGCUACCUACGAAGUCCACCCGCUGAUCGACGAUGGAGAUGUUUUCGUCGGUGAGUUCCUCGUCACAGCGGAACAGAGCUCCGAGUUCUUCAGUGUGUUGGAGUCCAUGAGUCCUCUGCCGGCUGAGCUGUCCUCAAUCGUGAUCAUUGGGUUUGAUACCACCACGAACAAGGUACAAUUCGCUUAUAUAGGACACGAAGAGGCAGGGCGUAAGGCUAUGGCACCAAUCCUCAACUUGAACCUCACAGUGACCAGAUUGACCGUCGACCCAUGGAACAAGCUUCUAGACAACACAUUCGGUGGCAUCAUUGAGGCCAUCUGCCAGCCCAACUUAGCCCGCGACCUGUACAGUUUGAACAUCAAGAACUACUCGGCAUCCACGUACGAUGCGACAUUUGCUAAGAUGGAUAGAUUCUACGCCAGGCACCCCGACGCGCGGGAUGCCGUCGUUCAAAUUGAGUUUUUCCCCAACCAAGCCAUGGCGGCUGUGCCCUUGGAUUCAACGGCGUUUUCUUGGAGAGAUUCAACAGGAUACGUGAACUUCAUCCGGUAUGGCCACGGUGCUAAUGCCACAGCCAGGGAUGAUGCCAUAGCCAAGGCCGAGAUCGCUCUCGGGUUGGAGAUCCGCGAUGACCUCGCGGCCACUUCUGGGUAUCCGGAGCUCACUGUAUUCGUCAACUACGCGCAUGGCGACGAGAGGCAGGAGCGCAUCUACGGCAAAGAAAAAUUGCCCCGUCUAGCAGCUUUGAAGAAGAAGUGGGAUCCACAUCAGAUUUUCUCUUUCAACAACGGAUUGCCCACCCACUAUCCGUGA